GUUUGUCUCUUGUAUUCAUCUUGCAUACAUGAUUUGAUGAUGGUGAAAUGAAAAUGACAAAGGCAACAACCAUGUUAAGCUUUUUGUAGUUUGUGGUUAUUUUUAAUAUAAAAACAAAACAUGGUAGAUGUGUGUCAAUGUUUUGUUGUAUGACUGUCACUUGUCAAAUACCUUGAUUGUUACAAACAUCACAUACAGCAGUUAUAGAUUGUUGAUAGAUCCAGUUUCCAGAUUCUUAGUAUGAGAGAGGCGAAAGAAGAUAGCAGUAGUGGUGAGGAUGGAAACAAGGAGCUUAGGAAGCCAUUCCUGCACAAUGGGAGUUGGUACAAGAUGUUGGGUUCUAGACAGUCCAGCAUCAUAGGAUCUUCAAUUCAGGUGGUGCGAGAUUCCUCUGUCUCCAUUCUCUUCUGCGUCCUCAUCGUUGCUCUGGGUCCGAUUCAGUUUGGUUUCACGUGUGGAUAUUCUUCUCCCACUCAGGAAAGUAUAAUUAGUGAUCUCAAGCUCUCACUUUCAGAGUUCUCUUUAUUCGGAUCAUUAUCCAAUGUGGGGGCGAUGGUGGGAGCUAUAGUCAGUGGUCAAAUGUCUGAAUACAUUGGUCGCAAAGGGUCAUUGAUGAUUGCUGCAAUCCCAAAUAUAAUAGGAUGGCUCGCAAUCUCUUUUGCCAAGGACUCGUCUUUUCUGUUUAUGGGGAGAUUAUUGGAAGGUUUUGGCGUUGGUAUAAUCUCUUACGUGGUUCCUGUUUAUAUAGCUGAGAUAUCACCUCAAAACAUGAGAGGUACCCUUGGAUCGGUCAAUCAGCUCUCUAUCACAAUUGGAAUAAUGUUGGCAUACCUCUUAGGCCUUUUUGUUAACUGGAGAGCACUUGCAGUUUUAGGAAGUUUGCCUUGUAUAGUUUUAAUACCUGGGUUAUUUUUUAUACCGGAAUCUCCCCGAUGGUUGGCCAAGAUGGGGAUGACAGAAGAGUUUGAGACUUCUUUGCAAGUGUUGCGAGGAUUUGACACAGAUAUAUCUGUUGAAGUACACGAAAUUAAGAGAUCGGUGGCGUCGACCGGAAAGACAUUUACAAUCCGGUUUGCAGAUCUCAAGAUGAAAAGAUAUUGGUAUCCUUUAAUGGUAGGGAUUGGAUUACUUGUACUCCAACAAUUGAGUGGUACCAAUGGGGUGUUGUUCUAUUCAAGUACCAUCUUUGCAAACGCAGGAAUUUCAUCUAGCAAUGCUGCUACAGUUGGACUUGGAGCUAUUCAGGUCAUAGCUACUGGACUGACUACUUGGUUAGUCGACAAAAGUGGCCGGAGGCUGCUUCUAAUAAUAUCUUCAUCUGUAAUGACAAUUAGCCUUCUUAUUGUUUCUAUAGCAUUCUAUCUGGAGGGGUUCACAUCUGUGGAUUCUCAUCUAUACAACAUUUCGGGAAUAGUUUCUGUUGUUGGGUUGGUGACUAUGGUGAUUGGUUACUCUCUAGGUGUUGGACCUAUUCCUUGGCUUAUAAUGUCUGAGAUACUUCCGGUGAAUAUAAAGGGCCUUGCAGGGAGUAUAGCUACUUUGACAAAUUGGUUGACUUCCUGGAUGAUCACAAUGACAGCAAACUUGCUUUUGACAUGGAACAGUGCAGGAACAUUCGCAAUCUACACUGUGGUAGCUGCUUUUACCGUUGCUUUUUCGGCAAUAUGGGUUCCUGAGACUAAGGGAAGAACUUUGGAAGAAAUUCAGUUUUCUUUUAGAUAGUUGGAAUAACGUGUCUGGUUUCUUGUUAUAUCAUUUGUUGGGCCACUCGGAUGAACUUUCUAUGAGAGAAAUUUAAGAAAGAAAGUAAAUGAUAGAACACACGAUGAGAAGACAUCAUAUUCAACUCAAAAUCUUAGAACAUCAAGUUAAUGAGUCUCGCAUCUUAUAAAUUUUUAGUUUCUUUUUUGU